AUGUUUCGGGCGUUUCUCAAAAGCGCAUUUCUGCUACGGCCUCUCGAGGAAUGGCUUACCUCUAGGCUGCUGGCCAGCCGGUCGUUUCAUAAAUUGGUUGGGGGAAUUCACCGCAAGGUUCAUCACCUGAAGACGGGUGUCCCAUUGGAAGACGUCCAUGGCCCUGACUCUGGAAAGUCUGCUUCGAAGUUGAGCCAAUUCUUCGAGUACUUCAGAGAAGAAUUGAAGGACCAGAUGAAAGGGAAUCCCCGCAACAAGCAUUGA